GCCAUUUCAACCUUAAUCACUUCUCGGGCGAAUGUAACGACCAGCCAAGUCACGUUGAAAUGCAUCUCAUCCAUGUCAGUACGCUUCGCUUGCAUGAAUUCUACGAUGAUGCGGGACCCAAGUACGCAAUACUCUCCCACACCUGGGAAGACGAUGAGGUCAGCUUCAAGGACAUGCAGUCGCUCGAGCUCAGUCAGCUGCGCCAAAAGCGGGGUUUCCAGAAGAUCCAAUAUACGUGUGAUGAAGCACACAAACGUGGGCUGCGCUGGGCGUGGGUCGACACUUGCUGUAUUGACAAAUCGAGCAGUGCCGAGCUUUCCGAGGCUAUCAACUCGAUGUAUGCCUGGUAUCAAAGAAGCGAAAUUUGUUUCGCUUAUCUGUCCGAUGUGCCCCAUGAUGCACGUCCUCAGCCCAUGCGGUCGAGUUUCAGACUAAGCAGGUGGUUUUCUCGGGGCUGGACCCUCCAAGAAUUAAUUGCCCCUGCCCAGGUGGUCUUUUAUGGCGCGAAUUGGACAUUUAUCGGAGACAAACUUCUGCUUUGCAUGGUUCUGGAAGAGACCAUCGGGAUACCAUGCGACCUGCUCCUGGGACAGGAAAGGAUCGAGUCCUUCAGUAUUGCACAAAGAAUGGCAUGGGCAUCCAGACGUCAGACCACGAGAGUGGAGGACACAGCCUACUGCUUGCUCGGCUUGUGCGAGAUCAACAUGCCCCUGCUCUAUGGGGAGGGUGGAAAAGCAUUUCGGCGCCUACAGGAAGAGAUUAUUAAGCAAACGGACGACCAGUCACUCUUGGCUUGGACGGUCGACUCUGACAGUCCGAUGGCAUGGACACUCAGCAGCGUCCUCGCCACCUCCCCGGCCAACUUCGCGAAAAGUUCCCAAGUCCAAAAUACACAUGAGGAGCGAGGCGAUCCUUCAAUCGUCACCAAGAAGGGGGUACAGGUUCACGCGCCGUUGCUACCAAUCCAGGACUACCCCAUUGACAGAAUCCUCUACAAGUACUGCGAUCGCUCAACUGUGCAUGGUCUCACUCUGUACAGAGUUCCACUGAAUUGUGGGUUCCACUCAUUGCGAGUCUGUCUGACGAUUAUGCAGAUUGAUUGGGACACCGUAGCGUCCAAUAGGUUAUGGGCACACAGUGGCCAUAGGUCGUUCGAGGGAAAUCUGUUCGUGCGCGUCCUUCUGCCUAUGUGGGACACCGUACAGGAUGAGUACACAUUUCUUGAUCCGGACUCUUUCGACAAAUUCUUCCUGCGUACGAACAUGGCGUCGUUACCCGAGACGCAGAAUAUCUUCAAGAGCAAGGGCGGUUCUUUCCAUUUCCACGGUAUCAAAUUGACAUAUGGCAAGGCUGCACUUGAUCACCGAUUCGGCGAGAAUCUAGGGAGCUGGCAUCUCCGGGAGACGGUUGGUCACUUCAGAGAGGAGCAGACGGUUAUUAAGACAUUGGGUCCCAUGAAUGCAUUCGGUUUCCUUUUUCUUCCGCGAAUCCCUUGGAAACUGCCUUCAGAUCAGGUAUACUUGGGUAAGCAUGGGUCAAAAGGAUACCGCUUCAAGCCCCUGGCCAGAGACUGCCCCGCCAGUAUGAAGUUCUUUAUCAUCGAAGGACCCACGGAUUGUCCACCACUCUAUCUAGUCUGUGGGACAACUCUAGACCCAGAUGCGGGAGAUUACAGAGGCAACCGACCUCGAAGGGUGCCUCGAGGGGGCGUGCUGGCCGAGCCAUACAUCUUUUGCAACCUGUUGCCGGAGCUGAGUGCAAAGCUCUUUCCGAGAUGUAGUCUCAUAUUUUUCCAACCAAAGGGGCGUGUUGGCCCUCUUAUUGCCCUCGAAGCCCGGCACGGCAGGACCGCCGUGUCGGUCGACCUGCACCGCGACAAAGGGUUCGACCCGCCAGGGGUCAAGAACAGGACUGGAUUCGGGGCUCAGAGCCCACACUUCAUCUUCGAGAUUCAUGCGAGGGCGAUAGAUGAUUCAGCGACCAACUCCGAUGAAGAUGAUUCAGCCACAGGCUCCGAUGAAUCAGCCCUAAGUUCCGAUGAGUCUUCAGGUUCGCGCCAAAUUUUCCUCGACAACAGUGAAGUGGAUUCUGAUCAAGGCAUUGGUGGACGCGAAAGUGCAGAGGGGGGGGCCAUAUCCAGGCAGGUCUCGAAACCUCCACUCGCGCUUUCCUCGGGCUUCCGAUCCCAAGCCUCUAGUCAUACUCCAUGUGCUACAAAGUAUCAGUUUGAGGAUUAUUGGUGUGACAUAUACACGCGUGAUCAUGAUGGCACACUGCAGUUUCGACAGCAGUACCGUUUAUAG